AGCGCAACAUCCGCUCCAAACAUUCCCGCGUAAUUUUCUACCGGUAGCCAGACUUCCGUGCGGCGGUGAUGCGGAGCUAGAUCCUCGGAGACACUGGAGGCUGAGAGCGCCGCCGGCUCCAGCAGCAUGUCUAAAGCCGAGAUACUGAGAGGGGUCGUGGCGGAGAAACUCACCACCGCCGCGCUGGAGAUCUUAGCGGUCGUGGAGAGAACCGUGGCCGGGUACGAGGAGGAGGCGUCGGGGCUGAGGCAGGAGAUCGACCGGCAGAGCCGGCAGCUGGAGCUGCUGCUGCAGCCGCGGGUCAAACUGGAGAGAAUAUGACGGUGUCGGUCCAGUGGCUCGAUUAAACGGUGUUCUGACAUAACGAACCUGCUUUACAGAACAGUCAUUUUAAGGUUCAGCUGCUGCGGGAACCACCUGCAGAUAUGCACUGACAGAAUCUGACAGCUGGAUCAUCACUCAUCAGUUCGGCUUCCAGUCUGACUAACUGCUCAUUUUAAAACGUUAGAUACAGAGCAAAGUAUGAUGAGUUUCCUGUCUGUGAGCCGACAGCUGGAGGAGAAACUGAAGAGGAAGAGCAGCACAAACCUGAGCCCAGAGUUCGGUCUCGCCCGGUUCAAAAGUAACCACGUCAAAGCCAUGAAGGGUCUGGAGUAUGCACUGUCCAGGACACAGACUGACUCCCCUGCUCAUCUCCAUGGCGAUCAGGGAGGUACAUUGGAGAAGCACAAGCCCCUCCCACCACAGACCACGCCCACCCAGAAGCCCAGUUUGUCUGAUCUUCGGUCGACCGAGGAGAACAUGAAGCAGAAAAUAAUAAAUAUCAUUGACUCAGUCAUCCUCCUGUGAACUACAAUCAGUCCCAGAUUCUUUGGGAGUGAUUCUGUAAAAUAAUCCUUUUAUUAAUUUCUGUUGUUAUUUUUCUCUACAUGAAGUUUCAAACAUCAAGUUUUUUUUUUAUUUUUGUUAAAAAGGAUAAAAGAUGUCUGAGUUUUUCUAACAAUCUAUUUUAGGACACUGUUAUGAAGUUAUUUUCUGUUUUUGUAGUCCUCAUUUUUAUAUUUUUAUAUAAAGUUUUUUUUUUCAUUUUGACUUAUUUUAAGGUAUAAUAAUGAAAUAUUUGUUGUUUCAUCUCUUGAAAGGACACUUUUCUAUAAUCUUCGUCCUCUCGUGUCAUCUGUAGCUGUUGCAUGCUCAAAGGUUCAAUGUGGAAGAAUUUUAGUAGAAAACAUGAAAAAAAGUAACUCAAAUAAUCAACAGAAUGUGAAGAAAAGGACAUACUGAAGUUAGCAUGCUAACCUGCUAGCCCGCUCCUGUGCUAGAAAUGUAAACAAGAACUCUACCCAUGCACCCAGUGUAGCCUGCUAGCUGUACAGCUAACUGACUUAACUAGCUGAUAGCUGCUACAGUUAGCAGCAGUUACCGAGUGAUGUGUUUGUUCUCUGAUGGUUUGAAAUCGACAGGUGGGGAAUUCUUACAUGUUGAACGUGAAUUAAUGUGGGUUAGUGGGGAAGGGGGAUGUUGUUUGGGUUAUUUUCUGUAUUUGCGUCAUGAAAUAGUUUCAUGUCUGUUCAUGAACGUUUCAGAUCAGAUCACAGCCGUCAGUUUAGAUCCACAGAUGUUUAGUUAGACGCAUGUUUCAAACUGUCACAGAUCAGAUGCAUCAUCGCCCUCUGCUGGUCAGCUCCUCAUGAUAAACUUCAUUAGUUAGAGUAUUAUUGUCCUGGUUGAUUUGCGGUCAAUAAACCUCACAGAUCAGCUGUUUUUCUGUAUAUAUAAUACAUUCAUUUAACUUCCAUCUGAUUCCACUCUCGAAGUAAUGCUGCGUUCAAGUGCUGCUCGGAUGAUCCCACUUCCUGGGAAGUUGUUCUGCCCACU